UUGUCGCGAAGUCUAAGUAGGCCUUCCCUGAGGCUCGAUCGUCGCUCAAAGCUCAUGCGACGGCUUAAUACCAUUUGGGGGGUCGGAUUGCAACGGUUUCUCGUCGAGGUCCUCGCGACCUCUCCCCGUCGUCGCGCCCGCUCCCUUCCGGGCCCCGCGGUGUCACGGAGCCUCGCAGAAGUCCAAUAGAGGUAGUACCUCGGAUUCGUUCUCGGAGUGCUAGCUUCUCGCAAGGCGCCCUUACCGACUGCGAGCUGGGCGCUAACCGCUCAACGCGGAAUCAGCGGGACAGGGCGGGACCCACAUUCGCUCUGCUCCCACGGGACCAAAAAGAGCGACCGGGCUGAGGGACUUAAAAAUCAUCGUACCACCGAUGGUAAGAUCCGGGGACGCGGCAUUACUGACAUGCAACUAUGACUUGAUCGGCUCUCAACUGUACUCCAUCAAAUGGUACCUGGGGGAUGAAGAAUUUUAUCGUUACAUCCCGAAGGAAGAGCCACCACAUGUGACAUUCCCUGUAAAGGGAAUGAUGGUUGACGUGUCCAAUUCUAACAGGCAGGAUGUGACGUUGUUGAAUGUGACACGAGAAUUGUCCGGACGUUACAAGUGCGAGGUAACAGAAGAUACAUCGUCCUAUCAUACCCAAAUAAAAGAAGCAAUGAUGGAGGUCGUAGAUGUUCCGGACAUCGAUCCUAUUAUUAUGGUUGAGAGACAACGUAUACCGGUAGGCGAGACACUUCGAGCGAAUUGCACUUCCGGAGCUUCGCGUCCUGCCCCCAUCAUUUCAUGGACCGUCAAUGGUGGCUCCCUUAACGAUAGUGGCACGCAGUACAAAGUGCGGUCUUUGAAGAUUCCUCACGAUGGGAUGCAGUUGACCAAGGGGAAUCUUGAAAUGAAAGUGUCAAAUGUUCUCUUCCAGAGUGGCAAGUUGCGCUUACGCUGUUUUGCGGAGAUUCCACUCGUUUACAAAGCAACGACUGAGUUAGAAGUCUCCGAAGAUGCACCCCUCAUCGCUUCCAUUAGAGGGGAUGCAUCGGCGCAUAGUCACCAGGCCAGCGGAUGUGGCCGGGUUGGGCUUCCUGAGAGUUUUGGGGCGACACUAAUGGUAUUUUUGGUGAGCCUCGUUUUGUCCAGACUGCGGUAGCUCGACAACUUCCAGGAUUUCGGUACAACCGUCUGAUCCAAUAACGUCGUCCAUAUAAACCUAGUAGACUAGGGCUUCCAGUUAUGUAUGUCACUAUGUAUGGAGUAGAUAGUCGAAUCAUUUUUAUGGGAGUGAUGAGUAAUAUUGCAUAAACAUAUACAGUUACUUUUGAACAUGUUACCUUUUGAUGUAAAUUGUUAAUAAAAUGCGUUAACCUAUGCAUUCGAGUGAUCAUAACAUGAGCGACGUACGACCGUAUGCUGAAAAAUAAUAAAUAAAACCGUCUUCCGUUUUGUCAAGUAAGGUUAAGAAGGUAAGGUUAAAGACACGACGCAUGUCCGAAUUAAAAUAU